CUCGGGUCCCACUCCUCGUCGUAGAACAGUACCGCACCAACCUCCAACGUAUUCAGUACGAGACCCCAAAACUCACGCACAGAAAACUAUCGGAUCGUCUCUCUGAAUCUGUCGCCGACAAUUUGCUAACCUGCGCCCAAAGCAUUUUCUCUCCGUCUCCGUCUCUCAUUCCAUCUCAGAUCUCGUACAGUCCUGCUCGUGCAUUUAUAUCUUCUACUUUUGGUUUGAUUGAGAGAGAGAGAGAGAGAGACAGAGACAGAGACAGAGAGAGGGAUCGAUUUUGUGGUUGUUGGGGGUUGGUGAUAAAUAGAUGGCUGCAGCACCAGCAAGGGCUCGUGCCGAUUACGAUUACCUCAUCAAACUUCUCCUUAUUGGCGACAGUGGUGUGGGCAAGAGUUGUUUGCUUUUACGCUUUUCCGAUGGUUCCUUCACAACCAGUUUUAUUACCACCAUUGGCAUUGAUUUUAAGAUAAGAACCAUUGAGCUUGAUGGUAAAAGAAUUAAAUUGCAAAUCUGGGAUACUGCUGGUCAGGAGCGGUUUCGAACUAUUACUACAGCUUAUUACCGAGGAGCCAUGGGCAUUUUGCUCGUGUAUGAUGUUACUGAUGAGUCAUCUUUCAACAACAUUAGGAACUGGAUUCGCAACAUUGAGCAACAUGCAUCUGACAAUGUUAACAAAAUCUUGGUGGGGAACAAGGCUGACAUGGAUGAAAGCAAAAUGGCUGUGCCUACCUCUAAGGGUCAAGCUCUUGCUGAUGAGUAUGGCAUCAAGUUCUUUGAAACUAGUGCAAAGACAAAUAUGAAUGUGGAGGAGGUUUUCUUCUCAAUAGCAAGGGAUAUUAAGCAUAGGCUUGCAGAGACCGAUUCCAGGGCUGAGCCUCCAACCCUCAAGAUCAAUAAAGCGGACCAGACGGACGGUGGUGGUCAAGCUGCUCAAAAGUCAAGUUGCUGUGGCUCAUAAAGGGAGAGCAUGGGGAUGUUCUGAUGGUCACACCCAUUUGGGUGUUUAAGCAAUUCCGAUGACACUAUGCAGGGUGCAUGCAUCUUCCCCGGUGUUAUUCUUAUAAAGUACAACCAAGAUAUGAUGCCAUUCUAAUAGUCUUUUCUUCCCCCCCUUUAUUCUGUAACCCACCAUGUUGGGGCUUCAGAUAAUUGACUUAUUUUUACUUGACUACUAGUCUUGCGUGUAGGUAGAUGCUGAGCAUCAAGCUUUUUUUCUUACUAGAGUUAAAAUGCUUUGGUGUUCCUAUUUACACCUUUCGAAUUGAGACUACUAGAAUAUGUGUAUAUUUGACAUAGAAGCGUGGAAACCUGCCUUGGUAAAAA